UCUAUCUUCUCAUCAUAUAUAAAACUCCACUUUCCUUUUUCAUUCUCAAACCAUUAACAACCAAUAUUGAUACAUCUUUCUAUUCAUUUCUUUUCAACAAUUAAUGGGAAAUUCAGUUGUCACUCCAUGUUUUCAUCCUCAAAACAAAAAACUAUCGUCGUCUUCGUCUUCGUCGUCGCUGUCUUCUUCUUCUUCUUCGGCUAAGCUUAUAUUUUGGCAAGGCGCAACGAGAUUCUUAAACGGAAGUCACACCGCGGGGGAGAUUUUCUUCGAGUUUCCAGAUACGAUGAUUUGUCAUGUUGACUCGUUCUUUAUCGGACACCCGAUCCCUAGUUUAGACUCCGAAGACGAACUUAUCCCCGGGGAGGCCUAUUUUGUUGUCCCUUUUGAUCUCUUUUCAUGCAAAACCCUAUCGGUUUCUUCGCUCUUGUCAUUGAGAUCGUAUAAUAGUAGUAGUAACAACAAGUCAACGAUCAAAUUCGGAGAGUGUCCGUUUGAGUAUUUGAAGGAUUGUGAUGGAAAGGUUUUGAUCAAAGUUAUGCCGGAGUUUAUGAUGAGGCUUGUUGAUGGAGAUAGAUCAGGGAAUGAUGGUUGCCUUAGUAGUAAAAGCAGUUUUCUUUGUAGUACUCCUGAGUUGAAAAAACAUUAUGAAAUGCUUGUGAAGUCUAAGGAUCAGGUUUGGUCUCCUAAGCUUGAGACUAUUUUGGAAAACAAGGUUAGGCUUAGAAAAGAAAGAAAAAAGACCCAAACUGUGUCUGCUAGAUAGAGUUUAUAUGUAUGCAUGUAUGUAUAAAGUUGUAGAGUUAAGUGAAAUUUGCGUACUGAUUGAUCAUAUAUAUGUACAUCAAUUAAUUUUGAAAACAGUUUUGAUUAGUGAACUUUGUAAUUUUUUCUAAUCUAUUCAUAAUUAUGUGGUGGAAAUUGUUAGAAGAGAAGUCAAAUAUAUUUUGCAGAAUUGAAACUGAAACUGAAUCAAGAUAAUAUUAUAGUAUAUUGAUUCAUUGCUUCACUGAAUAGUUGUGUCUGUGAUAAUUCAAAGA